AUGGUGGGCGCAAGUCCCCAAACCAUGCCACAAGGCCUGAGGGAAUCCACUCCUACAAGGCUGGAUGCAAUCUUUAUGAAAUUCUGGCGCAUGCUUGAGGAGAGACAAAUGAGCGCCAACAAGCAAUGCUACUCACCCCCUGUGACUUACGGCUCCACUCCUGAUGCAAAGCAACGGAAAAAAAGCCCACACCUAAUAGUUCAGGGGCCCACGGGAGGGUAACCCCCACUCAGCAACCACACACAACAGGGGUCUCACGCUCCUCGGUGAACACACAAGCUUUGGCUCCUACUAAGAGGUGGCGGAAGGUCCGCUGUCCUGAUGCAACAAUUCCACGCUGUGAAAGUCAAAGGAGGAGAUCCAAAGCAACAGCCACAACAAAGCCAACUCACCUAAGGAGCCACACUAAGCUACAGCCCACUAGGCGUACCACUACAACGAUCCUAAAAGCGAGGAGGUCUGCUGGACACUGCCGACACGCUCUUGAUGUGACCUACUGCCAAAACACAACUCACACCCUCGGAGGGAUCAUAUCGGUCGUAUGGAAAAGCAACACGAAGGAAGAUCGCUAUCCCAGGUGA